AUGAAAUCAAACAAUCUACCAGUUGACCAGAAACAGAGAAAAUUAACUCAGUUAGCAUCAACACACAACCAAUAUCAACCAUUUUCUUCUUAUUAUCUUUGGUAUCUAAUAGACAGAUUUCAUUUUAUCAUUGAUGAUAUUCAAUCAAUUUUAACAUUUACGAAAAACACUUGCUUUAAUGAAUUUGCGAACGAAUUUAUGAACGAAAGACAAAAGGCUGAAUUAGAAGGAAAUAAAGGAAAAAGUUUAUUUUGCAAGAUUUCACUUAAUGGAUCAUAUGGUUACGAUGCAAUGAAUACACAAAAUUACGCAAAGACUAAAAUAAUGAAUGCACAGAAGGCACGCGUUGCAUGUAUGUCAAAUAAGUUUAAAAACAUAAGAGAAAUAGGUGAAGAUACGUAUCAAGUGAUGCUUAAAGAUAGAUUUUAUAGAUGUGAUACAUGUUUACAAGAGGCAUUCUUCACUUUAGAUAACGCAAAAUACUGGUAUUUGGUUUUCAUUUAUGAUUUUAUGUAUAAAUGCAUGAAUGUUAAUCGUUUUCAUUUCAUUGAAGGUGAUACUGAUUCAUCUUAUUGGGCAAUCGCUGGCGACCCAAAUCUUCCUAACACUCAAGCAUUUCAAGCAAUUGUUACUGAUAAACAAUUUUAUGAUAAAAACAUUUACAAAUUCGCACCUUUUGAUUUCUUUUGUUUUAAUGAGAAAUUUAAACCUAAAUUAAAGAAUAAAGCUGAAGAAAAAGCACAUGAGAAGAAGUUAUUGGGUUUAGCAAUUGAGAAACAAGGUGAUAACAUGGUUGCUUUAUGCCCUAAGUGUUAUACAUCAUUCAACGGUUCAAUUGAUGGAA